AUGAAAAACGAAAAAUUGGCAGCUAAAACAUGGAAAUCAAAACUGAAAUCCCCUCAGCUUGUAAGCCUAGCUCUUCUAACCCUUAUUGCGGUCUCUCUUCACUUGACCCGAAACAACUCGGUCGACCCGCAUGUUCUUAUCCAAAACGAAGACCCAAUUGAAAACCCGCGGGUCGAAAACGGCCCGGUCAAAGGUUGCGACUUAUUUUCGGGCACGUGGGUUUACGACAAUUUGUCGUACCCGUUGUACAAGGAAGGAAAAUGCUCGUUUAUGGAAGACGAUUUCGCGUGCGAGAAGUUUGGUCGAAAGGAUUUGAAAUAUCAAAACUGGAGAUGGAAGCCUCAUGGUUGUGACAUUCCAAGGUUCAAUGGCACUGCACUCUUGGAGAAAAUAAGAGGCAAAAGGCUCGUCUACGUGGGGGACUCCUUGAAUCGGAACCUAUGGAAAUCGAUGCUUUGCCUUGUCGAUUCUUAUCUCCCGGCAACGGCAAAAAGAUCGAUAAUAUUGAGCGGAAACAUGUUCUACUUUCGCUCCAUUGAAUACAAUGCGUCGAUCGAGUUCUAUUGGUCCCCACUUCUCGUCGAGUCCAAUUGCGACGACAUAGUAAAGCACCGUGUUUGGCCUCGUGUGGUCCGUAUUAAGUCGAUCGAAGGUCACGGGAGGAAUUGGAACGAUGCGGAUAUAUUGGUGUUCGACUCGUUCAUGUGGUGGACGGGCCCGCGCGAUAUAACCCUCUUGUGGGGAUCAUUUGGAAGCCCCGAAGCAAUCAAGAAAACCGUGAACAAAAAGCUACUCCCGUACGAAAUCGCGCUUCGCACGUGGUCGAAUUGGGUCGAAAUGCACGUCGAUCGAGAUAAGACCAAGUUGUUCUUCGUGGGUCCCACGGCUUACCGUGAGGGGAGUACAAUGUGGGGAGCGCACCACACGUGUUUCAACCUAAACGAGCCGACUUUCGACGAGGCGUAUUGGCGAAGCCUGAUGAGUCCCGAGAUGGAUCGAAUAAUCGAGUCGACACUGAAGGAGCUGGAAAACAGAGGAGUGAGAGUACAAUAUCUCAACAUAACUCAGCUUUCGUCUUACAGGGGAGACGCUCACCCGUCGACCCAUAGGACAUUUUGGGGAGUCGCGUCUAACGAACAACUGAAAAACAUGAGCAAAUACGCGGAUUGCGUGCAUUGGUGCCUCCCGGGAGUUCCCGAUGUUUGGAAUGAAAUACUUUACGAUUAUAUUAUGAAAUUUUGA